AUGGGCCCCCAGCAGCCCACAGGAUGGGCCCCCAGCAGCCCACAGGAUGGGCCCCCAGCAGCCCACAGGAUGGGGCCCCAGCAGCCCACAGGAUGGGCCCCCAGCAGCCCACAGGAUAGGGCCCCAGCAGCCCACAGGAUAGGGCCCCAGCAGCCCACAGGAUGGGGCCCCAGCAGCCCACAGGAUGGGGCCCCAGCAGCCCACAGGAUGGGGCCCUCCCAGCAGCCCAUAGGAUGGGCCCCCAGCAGCCCACAGGAUGGGCCCAGUCAGCCCACAGGAUGGGGCCCCAGCAGCCCACAGGAUGGGGCCCUCCCAGCAGCCCAUAGGAUGGGCCCCCAGCAGCCCACAGGAUGGGCCCCCAGCAGCCCACAGGAUGGGGCCCCCCCAGCAGCCCACAGGAUGGGGCCCCAGCAGCCCACAGAAUGGGCCCCCAGCAGCCCACAGGAUGGGCCCCAGCAGCCCACAGGGUGGGGCCCCAGCAGCCCACAGGAUGGAGCCCAGCAGCCCACAGGAUGGGCCCCCAGCAGCCCACAGGAUGGGGCCCCAGCAGCCCACAGGAUGGGGCCCCAGCACCCACAGGAUGGGCCCACAGCCCACAGGAUGGAGCCCCAGCAGCCCACAGAUGGGGCCCCAGCAGCCCACAGGAUGGGCCCCCAGCACCCACAGGAUAGGGCCCCCCCAGCAGCCCAUAGGAUGGGUCCCCAGCAGCCCACAGGAUGGAGCCCCAGCAGCCCACAGGAUGGGCCCCCAGCAGCCCACAGGAUGGGGCCCCAGCAGAGAGCCCGGUCCCCAGGUCUCCAGGCCGAGCUGCAGAGGUUUAGCAGAAAGAUGCGGAGCAGCAGGGAGCCUGAGGAAUCUGGGCUCGGAGCAGACGCGCAUUAA